CUUAUCAACAUGUCAUAUUUUAUUUUUUGACAGUUAAUUUGUUAUUUAAAAAAUAAGAUUUUACUUUAUGAAACUUUAUUUUGUUGUCGUAAAUAUGAUUUAUUAACUACGAAUUUAAAAUGAUUUGCAUUAGGCCUAAUUUGUUUAAUAGUGGUAAACGAUUUAGUAUUACCGGAAAUGUAGGAAUAAUUAAGAAUUUCACAAAAAGUUCCACAAAUGCUACGGGUAUAGUUAAUAUUUUUGAUCGCAAAACGAAAAGCCUGCAAAGAAAAAGGGCUGCUGCAGCGGAGGACGUGAAAAUUUACGAUUAUUUGAAGGACGAAAUUGGAUUUCGUUUAGCCGACAGGGUUUUCGAUAUCAAAAGGAAAUUUAAAAAAGCUGCAGACAUAGGAUGCAGUCGAGGUUACGUUUCAAAGCAUAUCUCACCCGACUCCGUUGAAGAAUUAAUUUUAUGUGAUGUCAGUAAAAAUAACUUGAAUUUUGCAAGUGUGCAAGAUGGUAUCAAGGUGAAAAAGAUGAUAUUAGAUGAAGAACACAUCCAGUUUGAAGCAAACUCCUUAGACUUGGUAAUUUCUUGUUUAAGUCUUCAUUGGGUGAACGAUUUGCCCAAUGCUUUUAAACAAAUAUUAAAUAGUUUAAAAGAAGACGGGGUUUUACUGGCUGCCGUAUUUGGCGGAGAUACGUUAUAUGAACUUCGAUCUUCUUUGCAAUUAGCUGAAAUGGAAAGACGAGGAGGCAUUUCACCUCAUAUAUCACCUUUUACAGAAGUCAGGGAUAUUGGAAGUUUAUUGACAAGAGCUGGUUUUACCAUGCUCACUAUUGACACAGACGAGCUGGUUGUUGGAUAUCCAUCUAUAUUUGAGCUGAUGGCAGAUCUAAAAGGUAUGGCCGAAAAUAAUGCAGCUUUGAAUCGAUCGUUACACUUGCAUAGAGACAUACAAUUUGCGGCCGGUGCUAUUUAUCAACAGCUUUACGGGAAACAAGAUCCCGAAUCAGGACAAAUUUCUAUACCUGCGACAUUUCAGAUAAUUAAUAUGCUGGGUUGGAAACCGCACCCGAAACAACCGAAACCAUUGCAAAGGGGAACAGGAGAAGUUUCACUAAAAGACUUGCAUAAGCUAGACGACAUAAUUAAAGAGGUAAAGAAUAUUAAAAUAGACGAUGAUAAAAGUUGAAUUGUUAUUGCUUUGGAUAUGUUGAACAGAUUUGUUAUAUUUUAAUAAAUAUUCUAUUCCAAGUGUAA